AUGUGUCAUUUUUCUCACCGCUGUAAAAAUCAUUCGAAGGUUCACGCGAUCGCAGAAAGACCUUCUGCAUUGCAUUUUGCCGCGGUGGGUAGGGUAGUUGAGUGCAACAGGAUUCGAACGACAACGGAGGUGCAUGAUAUUGUGCUUUUUUCCAGGGACUUCUAUCGUACCAACGAUGUCCGUCCGCCGUACACAUAUGCAUCGCUUAUACGACAGGCUAUUAUGGAAUCACCUGAGUGCCAGUUAACGUUAAACGAGAUCUACACCUGGUUUACCGAAACAUUUGCCUACUUCCGAAGAAAUGCGGCCACCUGGAAGAACGCUGUUCGCCAUAACCUGUCAUUGCAUAAAUGCUUCCAACGUGUCGAACAGAAUGUAAAAGGUGCAGUGUGGACAGUCGAUGACAGCGAGUUCUACCGAAGGCGACCACAACGUACAGCUGCAACGCGUAGCCAGCCAAACACACCAUUGCCGGAAGAGAUGUUGGCCCAGCGCUUUAUUGAUCAGACAACUUUGAGCAUGAUGGAACGCCAAGAAGGUGGCGUUAACUUGACUGACAAUUCACUGCUGAAUGGUGGUCUCGAGGGAGUGUUGUCAUUUCUAGCGAAUUCCGGUGACACUAAUCCUUUGGCAUUACUGUCAGCAGCGGCGGCGGCCUCAGAGCAGAGUUCAUGUGCGGUGACGCCGAGUAUGAACAAUGUGAAGGACGAACCACGAGAGGCCCCAAUGGAUAUUGAUGCAGUUUCACAAGCAGCACAGAUUCAUUCCCAGCUCAAUGGACGGCUAGGUUAG